AUGAAAUACCUGAGAGUGGUGAUUGAUGACCGGCUAAACUUCAACAGCCCCGUCGAUUAUGCCUGUGAGAAGGAUUCUAAGGCCAUCAACGCGAUAGCUAGAAUCAUGCCAAAGAACUCUGGUCCCAGUAGUAGCGAGAGCUGUGUUUUGGCCAGUGUGUCGUGGUCGAGGUAUGGAGGUCCAGCCUGGAAACUGAGCAGUACGUUCCGGCUCAUGGCCAGAACCAUCUCGUUGGAAGCAGUUUGUUAUCGCGUUAUCGCCGGAAUGGUCUCUAUUGGCAUCACCCUGGCGGAGGACAGCGAGUGCUACAUGCGGAGAGAAGCAGGAAGAGUACGGAAAGUUGUGAAAGUGGGAUCGUUGGCUAUGUGGCAACAGGAAUGGAACGCGGUGUAG